AUGAGGUCCCCCGGAGGACAGAACACUGCAGUUGUGCUGAGACCUGUCUCAUUCAUCGAGCCGACUGUGCUUUUGGCAUCAGGUCUCCGUGGGCCCGGCUUCACCAGUCACGUGUGGACGCCCAGCUUGGGCGGGGGUGAAGGUCCCGGCUCUCUCCCUGGAAACAGACCCGGUGGGUGUGCAGAGGGCGGGGACGAGUGGCACCCCCGGCAGACUUGUGCCCUCGGCAGCUGGCCGUUAGGUGGUGCCUCAUGCCUCACCCUUCCCAGAGCCAGGAGCACGCCUGCCCCACCGUUCGCUCUUGUCGAUAAAGCCACAGGGACCAGCCCCAGCAGCCAGAAUGUGAAGGCCCAGAACCUGCGGGAAGGCCGGCAGGAGGGAGCACCUGCGUGUGCAGCUCGGCCACUGGCUACUCCAAAGGGGGCCCUUCCUGAAGACAGUUGCCGGGCCCUGGGUGCCCUGCCUGCCUAG